CUUUGCCUUUCAAAGCGAAGUUUGAAAUAUUGCCUGCGCGCCUCGUUCGUGGUUGUUUGAAGAUCCGUGUAAACUUCCCGGGUUCCCGAUCCGUGCCAUGAUGGAGGUGCCGUCGGCGUCGCCGGGCGGCGUGUCCGACGACGACGACGUUAGGCCCAGCGUGCUGGAAUCCACAGCCGCUGACCCCGGGGGCCUCGCGGGCCCGCGGGGUCGAGGUUACGACCUGCCGGAGAUCUCCCUGAUCUCCUCGCCUCAAGACGACCAGCCUUUAAGGAAAGAGGUGAAACAUGUGGGGAUACAUAUGGACAAAGAGGAUGAUGUGGAGAGAGUCCAAGUGUAUUUGCGUGUUCGGCCCGUGCUCGAGGCGGAGAAGGAACGUGGUGAGGAACAGGGCUGUGUCUUUAUUCACGACCAACAAACCGUGGUGCUGAAAGCCCCCACGGACUCGUUCAACAUGAAGGGCAUGGAAAGGGGUACUGCUCAGAGCAUGCACAAGUUCACUUUUACACAGAUAUCUGGACCUGAGACAACUCAGCAAGAGUUUUUUGAGUGUACCACGAAGGAGCUUGUGCAGGAGGUCCUACGUGGUGAGAACAGGCUGCUUUUCACGUAUGGCAUCACCAACUCUGGCAAGACAUACACCGUCCAGGGAACGAGCCAGAAGGCCGGCCUGCUCCCCCGGACACUGGUGGCCUUGUUUCGCAAGCUGCAGGGUCAUCUUUCCUGUGCGCUGGAGCUGAAACCAGUGCUGUGCCAGGAGGUGCGCGUCCUGGACCAUACCGAGGUCCAGGCUGAGGAGAUCCGCCGAGACAAACUGCUACACAUGACAGAGGGAAUGAUGUCCCAAAAUUCCCGGCUGCGAGACGAUGUCAGCAUCAGCUGUGAUAGUGGCUUUUGGGGUGCGUCCACAGUCGCCCAGCUGGAGGACUCAGACAGUGUUUGCCUGGAAGCCAAAAGCCUUUCACAGAGUGGAGAGGAGGGGCUCCCGGAAGGGGUGCAGUUCUCGGUAUGGGUGUCCUUUUUCGAAAUCUACAACGAGUUCCUGUAUGAUCUGCUGGAUUCCACGUCUUCCUCGCACCGCAGGAAACGAUCGACAUUGCGCUUGUGUGAAGAUCGCCACGGAAACCCUUAUGUGAAAGACCUCACCUGGAUGCAGGUCCGCAGCGCUGAGGAGGCCUGGAAAGUUCUGAAAGUGGGGCGCAGCAACCAGAGUUUUGCAGGCACUCAUAUGAACCAUGUUUCCAGCCGCAGUCACAGCAUCUUCAACAUCCGCAUCCUGCACACGCACCCUGGAAGCAGCAGGGGGCAGAAUGCUCGGAUUAGUGAGCUGUCUGUCUGUGACCUUGCGGGGUCAGAGCGUUGCAGAAACCAGCAGAACGGGGAGCGCAUUAAGGAAGCAACCAACAUCAACACCUCUCUUCACACCCUUGGCCGGUGCCUCAAUGCCCUUCGAUACAACCAGGCCAACAGGUCUCGGCCCCCCCUGGUCGUGCCCUUCAGGGACAGCAAGCUGACACGUGUGCUGCAGGGCUUCUUCUGCGGCCGUGGUCGCUCCAUCAUGGUGGUCAACAUCAACCCUUGCGCCUCCAGCUAUGAUGAGACACUGCAUGCCCUCAAGUUCUCCGCUGUCGCAAUGCAGCUGGUCCACAUCCCGUCCACUAAGACCCGUGUAGCCUACAUCCUGUCUCUGCUGCAAGGAUGUGAGCAGCGAGCCAGUGAGAGCACUCUGCUGGAGGAAGAGGAUGGCGACGAGGAGGGAGACGUCACCAUGUUUGAUUGUGAGGAGCUCCUGCGAGCCAUAGAGGUGCUGAAGGGAGAGGUGCUGAGACAGAGGGAGGAGAAGGAGACGUUGGAAGGCAAUGUGAGGGAACAGGUCUUCUCCGAAAUGAUGGAGGUCAUAAGACGCAUGGAGAAAGACUUCAGUGAAACCCUGGAAACGGAGAGGGAGCUGAUGCAAGAGCGAUAUGAGGACAAGAUCCAGAACUUGCAGAAAAGCCUGAGAAGAUACUACAUACAGGAGAUUGAGGAGCGGGAUGAACGGAUCAAAAAACUGACAGAAGAGCUGGGACACAGGAAGGAGCUUGGUGGACAGGGAGUAUCGUUGCUCCCGGCGAGCGAGGGUGGUCCACCACAGCUGGGAAACGAGGGCCAUCGCCAUUCCCGUCGCAACACCUCCUCGCAAACUGCAGAGCUGAGCAGAGUGAGGGAGCAGCUGGUCCGGUGCCAGGCUGAACUGCAGGAGAAAACGGAGGAAUUGCGCAGUUACCAGGGUCAGACCAUCCAUACGAGCAGUGUCACUGUCACUGUGGAUAACCAGCUGGAGGAGGGUCACAAGAACCUCCGUCAGCUGCGUGUCGGCCUCCAGCAGCUGAGCCUGAACCUGCGGUCAGGGGAACGGGUCUGCUGUAGCAACACGAGCGGAGAGCGGCUGCGCACCAUGCUGGCUGCUGCCGAAGGGGUGGCUGCCAAGCAGGAGCAGACACUGGUGGAGCUGCAGAAGAGCUGGAUGACGGUCAGAAUGGAGCUCAGGAAGAAGUCCGAAGACGUAGCCGGACCGCAGCUCCCAACCCCCGGUUCCUUCCGGAAAAAGGGGCACCCAAACCGGGAAUCUGAGCUUGAGAACAAACACCCCAAGAAGAAACGCUCUGUCCGAUGUGUGCGGAACGCCCCCCCGGUCAGCCCCGCCACACCCUUUUUCCGCGCUCUGCGCUCCCGCCAGCAGAGUCCCCUGUCCUGACGGGGUCAAGUGUUGAGUUUCCAGGAGUGCAGUGUUUGGAAACAGUUGGUCACAUUAACCAGCCAAAUCUGAAUGAUGCAUUGGCUUUGAGUGAAUGUGAAAUAACUCAGUUUUAGUGCCAUGUCAUUUACACAGGUUUCUCUGAUCUGUCAAAUCUGGUGCUGGGGUUUGUGGUCUAAGGUGGUGUGUUUUCUUCCUCUCAGCUGUACUGCAGCUCACCUUUGGGGUGUAGAGUCGCUCAUCAAAUUUCAAAAUAUUUCAACUUUUGUGAAGUUCAGAAUACCUUGCACAUAAGUAAAAUUAUGGAAUAUAAACAACAUAUGCACUACUUCAUGACUUGGUGGUCAGCUUAGGAUUUGGUUUUGAUUUGGUUGUUCAAAAAUCACUGAAUGGUUCUUGUUACUGCACUGCACUGUUAGCUGAACAACGCAGUGGUGCUGGUUUGAAAAAUAAGUGUAUUUUGCUUUGGUGGUGUAUAAUCUAUUUAGUUGUGCUUCUGCACAUACUGGUGCUCAAUUACCCUGAAUGCUUUACCACAC